CAGCACUUCAUCACAAAAUAGUGUGAUAUAAAAGCGCAUUUUGUCACCGUCUGGAAUUAAUUAAAAAAUGAAUAACGUUAAGUUGUUGUUGUUCUUUUUGGGUGCGCUGGCUACAGCAGAAGCCACAAUUUAUGUGUGUAUUCCCACACAAUCGUCUGACGCAACAAGUGCAAGCGCUGAUGACGUAUUUAAAAGCAUUGUAAACGAUGCUUCAAAAAAAAUCAAAGCUGAUGCAGACGAGCCUAAUGCGGUAAUCGAACACGUAGACCUUAAUAUCACCCAUCCUGCUAUUAGGCUAGUGGGGCCCAUCGAUGACGUCAAAAUCUACAACUUGCUCGAUUUUCGAAUAUGUUUUUUGGAAAAUAUAAUUCCCGACCCUGGUCACUACCAAUUUGACGUUUUUAAUCUCACGUUCCACAAUGUAAGAGUGGAAGGUGUUUACAAUGUAACCGGGGACCUGGCGGACAUCUUUGACGUGUACGGAGACGGAAAUUUCUGGGUCGAACUACAUAAUUUGUCGCUCGCGAUGGUCAACUGCACUAUUAACAUAACGUCGGAUGGAAUAUGCCUCCCUGUGAAUUUAGAGAUCGACCUACAAGAGAUACGAAACCAUUUCUCUGGACUUAUGGGCGACGACGAGCUGGAGGACCUAUUCAACAGAGUCGUAACAGAUAUAGUUCCUGAAGCUCUGAAGAUUGUUUGGCGGGAACUGGAGGACAUGUUCGAUGCAGCGCUACAAGAUGAGAUUCAAGAUAUUAUUAACGCUAUUUUUGGUGGUGGCUUUCCUGCCUCCCUCGUCACUACUUUCAACGACGCCCAAAACGGGAAACCCAAGUCAAAGUCGUACUGUUACCCAGAGUGACCAAAAAUCUCAUUCUCAUCGAUUUAUUUUUCAUGCACAUUCGCUACAUACGUUUUUAUAAUACCUAUAUACUUCGAGUUAGUCUAUGUACAUAGCCGGUAUAAAACACAUCAAAAAUAUAUUUGGUUUUAGCUUUGUA